CUGUAAAUCUUUUCCUCCAGACUUCACUGGCCAGUGAGAACACAUCUCAAAGAUGGGAAACAUCUUUGCAAACCUCUUCAAAGGCCUUUUUGGCAAGAAAGAAGUGAGGAUGCUCAUGAUUGGGCUGGAUGCUGCAGGGAAGACUACUAUUCUGUACAAACUCAAACUUGGUGAAGUAGUAACUACUAUUCCUACAACAGGUUUCAAUGUGGAAGCAGUAGAAUACAAGAACAUCAGCUUUGUAGUCUGGGAUGUAUGUUCUAAGGAUAGGCUCAAACCACUCUGGCACCACUAUUUCCAGAACAAACAAGGUCUGAUAUUUGUGGUUGACAGCAGUGACAGAGAACGACUGAGCGAGGCCAGAGGAGAUCUUCUGAGGAUGUUGGCAGAUGAUGUGUGUGCACAAGCUGUUUUAUUAGUGCUUGCUAACAAACAGGACUUGCCGGACGCAAUGAACACAGAGGAAAUCACAGACAAACUUGGACUGCAUUCUCUGCGUCACAGGUGGCACAUCCAGGCAACCUCUGCCAUCACUGGAGAGGGUCUCUAUGAAGGACUGGACUGGCUGGCCAGCCAGCUCCAAAACCAGGAAUGAAACCAGAAACCUUCCCCUUCCCUCUAAGCUCUCUAGGCAGAAAGUACUGUACUUAAUGAUGCUCUCCAGCAAGGCA